AUGGCUACCGAAAAGAUCAGCGUCUACAAUCUCGCCGACCUCAAAAACACGUCCGACGACGCCAUCCCCAACUACCUCAACUCGCUCAAGUUCAAACAGUCGCACUUCCUCGCCGAUGUGCGGCUCGCCCUAGGCUACUCGGCCGUCGUCGUCGCUGGCGCUUGCUUUGCUUGGGAUUACAAGUUCGGCUUCGAGAGCACCAAGAUUUACACAGUCAUUGCCGUCGUGCUCUAUAUGCUCCUCAAUGGCGCCCUGACCCUGUGGAUGUCAAUGGUGGAGAAGGGGACUGUAUACCAGGGUUUGGCCCCGUCUGGCGAAAAGAUUACCAUCUCUACCAAAGCAAAUAAAAACGACCCAACAUAUCUUGUCACCAUCACCGUAGAGCCCAAGAAGGGCGGCGUACAAGUUAUUGAGCUUGCGAAGCCGUUUGCCGCCUUCUUCGACGAGACCGGCCGCUUCGUUGCCGCGCCUUUCCAGGAGAUUCUCGCAUCGGCCAUUCCGGCGAUCGGUAAACAGGACCCGAAGCGUGUGAAGAUCGUCUCGCAGGACAAGCUGGAUGCGAACCCGGAGCUUCUCGAAGCCGUGCUGGCAGCGAGUGCCGCGGACGGAAGCGCAUCGGGUGCAGAGCCGACAGAGAAGAAGGCCGGAAAGAGGCGGAAAGCGUAA